UCCCUAUCUUCUAACACAACCUUGGAACCUUCACACGCUGUUCCUUGCCGCCAUCCCCGAGGAGCUUCGCAUAUCUGCCGUAGCUCAUCAAAGCUGCCGCGAAUCACAUCUAUCAUAUCUCAUUCUUUUUCUUAUAGUUCUAGUUACAUCACCCACGCUUGCUCAAUUGUAACCAUCCCCUAUCUCUUGCUGGCACAAGACCACUCCUUUGCGAAACCCGCCGUGAAUCGCUAGUCAUCAUGGCGCCAAAGGCCCUCAUCCCUUUCCUGGUGGGCAUGAUGCUGCUCACUGGUGUCUGCAAUACGGUCUUCACCAAGUACCAAGACAAUCAAUGCGUCCGGAACUGCGACGACCCCGAUCCCAAGAAGCGGCAGCCGUUUGAGCAGCCCGUGCUUCAGACGGCACAGAUGUUCAUAGGAGAAGUCGGAUGUUGGAUUGUUGUCGGGCUAAGGCUCGCGUACCAACGCUACGCGAACAGGAAGACUCCGGCUGCCAACGGAUACCAGGCAAUCCCCAGGGGGGACGCGGAAGUCGAUGAUAACGAUGAUGCCGCCAGCGUCAAUUCGGAACAGGCGCUUAUCCUUCCCAAUCCUCCGGUUAAGAACAAUGUUGGUGUAGUCGAUGGGCCCCUGAGGGGUUUCGGUAUCACACUCCUUGCGCUACCGGCUAUAUGCGAUAUCCUCGGCACGACGCUUGUGAACGCAGGUCUGUUCAUGGUAGCUGCCUCGAUCUACCAGAUGACUCGUGGUGCCUUGGUGUUAUUUGUCGGCCUGUUCAGCGUUAUUUUCCUGCACCGCAAGCUGCACUUAUUCCAAUGGGUUUCCCUUGUUGGUGUCAUGAUCGGUAUUGCGCUGGUUGGACUUGCGGGUAUUAUCUGGCCUGAUGCCAAAUCAGAGGCCACCAACGCCUUGUUCCAGGCUGCAGAAGAUGUUGCUACAGAUGAGGGCCUUCGUGCUGCGUUGGGUGUCAUUCUUAUUGCCUUCGCGCAGAUUUUUACCGCCACACAAUUCGUCCUCGAGGAGUGGUUGCUAGAGCGUUCCAAAAUCGACCCCAUUGAGGUUGUUGGCUGGGAAGGUCUCUUUGGUCUUGCUGUUACCCUGAUCUGUAUGCUGGUACUACACCUCUCCAUCGGGAGAUCCGAUGCUGGCCGCUACGGAAUGUUCGAUAUGGUUGAGGGUUUCCGACAGAUGACGGAGUACAGAGCCGUGUGGGUGUCUAGUGUACUAACUAUGAUCUCUAUUGGUGGGUAUAAUUUCUUCGGCCUCUCAGUCACACGCAACGUCAGUGCAACAGCGCGGUCGACUAUUGAUAGCUGCCGAACCCUAUUCAUUUGGAUGGUUUCCCUCAGUCUCGGGUGGGAAGCAUUCAAGUGGUUGCAAGUUGCAGGAUUCGUCUUGCUAGUGUACUUCACUUUCUUGUUUAACGGCGUCGUACGCCCGCCGUUCAAAUUCCUCGAGCCAAAUGAGGAAGUAGAGGAGUUGCUCCCCGAAGAGCCUAUCGAGCAUAACUAGAUUGCCCGCAAUGCAAAUCGGAUUACUUGAUGCUGCCUAGGAGCACGGUGGCCUAGACCUGAUUACUCUAGAUGAUUAAGCAGUAGCUAGGGCUUGCGAAGAUGCAUGUUUCUGCAUUGGGAUGGCGUUGGUUGGUAUCGGCAUGUUAGUGGGUUAAUUGUGCUUGUAAUAUGUGCUUCGGUUGGAGUACUUCGGUUUCGAUCAGCGCAUCAGUUUG